UACGAAAGCAGGCUGCUGGGAAAAAAGCGCCGGAGUGAGGACCAGGUCUCGUGGAGUGGUUGAAGAUGGCGGCGUCGCGGGCGGUGGAGGAGAUGCGGAACCGCGUGGUUCUGGGGGAGUUCGGGGUUCGCAACGUUCAUACCACGGACUUUCCCGGGAACUAUUCGGGUUACGACGAUGCCUGGGACCAGGACCGCUUCGAGAAGAACUUCCGCGUGGAUGUGGUACAUAUGGAUGAAAACUCAUUGGAGUUUGACAUGGUGGGAAUUGAUGCAGCAAUUGCCAACGCUUUCCGGCGAAUUCUUUUAGCAGAGGUGCCAACAAUGGCUGUGGAAAAGGUCCUGGUGUACAACAACACAUCCAUUGUCCAGGAUGAGAUCCUUGCUCACCGUCUGGGGCUCAUUCCUAUUCUUGCUGAUCCUCGGCUUUUUGAAUUUCGGAAUGAAGGAGACGAAGAAGGCACAGAGAUAGACACUCUGCAGUUCCGGCUGCAGGUCAGGUGCACCCGGAACCCCCACGCUGCUAAAGAUUCCUCGGACCCCAACGAACUCUAUGUGAACCACAAGGUGUACACCAGGCACAUGACAUGGGUUCCCCUGGGGAACCAGGCUGAUGUUUUCCCAGAGGGCACAAUCCGGCCAGUGCACGAUGACAUCCUCAUUGCCCAGCUGCGGCCUGGCCAGGAGAUUGACCUGCUCAUGCACUGUGUCAAAGGCAUUGGCAAAGAUCAUGCCAAGUUCUCUCCGGUGGCAACAGCCAGUUACAGGCUUCUGCCAGACAUCACCCUGCUUGAACCUGUGGAAGGCGAGGCCGCAGAGGAGCUCAGCCGCUGUUUCUCACCCGGUGUUAUUGAGGUGCAGGAAGUGCAAGGUAAGAAGGUGGCCCGAGUUGCUAAUCCCAGGCUGGACACCUUCAGCAGGGAGGUCUUCCGGCAUGAGAAGCUGAAGAAGGCUGUGCGGCUUGCCCGUGUCCGGGAUCAUUACAUCUUUUCUGUGGAGUCUACAGGAGUGUUGCCACCAGAUGUGCUGGUGAGCGAAGCCAUCAAAGUGCUGAUGGGGAAGUGCCAGCGGUUCCUGGAUGAACUGGAUGCUGUGCAGAUGGACUGAGGCUGCUGGGGACUCACAGUGGCUGGGAUUGGCUGCCUCCGGUGGUUCCAUGGGACUGCUGGACCCAUGGGACUGACUAGAGGUCCAAUUCCAGUUUGUCAAAUCAAUACAUUUUGUUAAAUGUGCCACAGAAUGGGACUUUAUGCCUUUGUAAGGCCCUUGAUGUAAAUAAAUUCAUGUCCAAAACUUU